AUGUCCAAGCGCACCACCUUUACCACAAUUUCGCCGCUGCCGGCCGACAUUGGCCGGCAGCCGGUACUGGACUUUUUCCACAACCACGAGGGCAUGAUAGACUUGAAUCCGCUGGUCAUUGAGCGACAUCCUCUGCCGGAGCCGCCCCCGCACUGUCCGGACGAGGAGCGGGAAUGCGUGUGGUGGAGCAUGACGGACAAGAUCACAUACAUGCCGGGUGUCAAGUCGGAUUUGACGUACACGGCAGCCUUUCAAGAUCUGCAUGACGGGAUCCGGACGCAUUGCUACGCGCCCAUGGGGACGCACAUCCGCGAGCGCUGGAGUCUCGGCGGCACGCUGCCCGGCGAGCCCAAGCAGCCCGUCGAGCUCGGCCUCGGCGCCCCAAGCCAGGGCCUCUACAUUCGCGAGGACGUCGAGGUCCGCUGCAAUUUCCUCAUGGCCGGCUUCGUUAAGAAGACGAUUCUGAAAUCUCAUGGUGUCCUGGUGGAGCGUCUCGUCGCCGGUGCUCGGGCUCAAGCGGCAAAGUCAUCGUCAUCACCAAACUCGUCAGUGGUUGCCGGGGCACGCCCAUCGAUGCCUCUCAGUCCGUCGAGUACCACAUUCUACGAGGGUCAUCCGGCCGAUAUGCGGUCCAGUUCAGUGCACGAUGAGCAACGCAAGUACUCUGGCGAUGCAUCGGGAAGAAGCACCCCGCAUGACAGCAUCGGCCAGAGGGACUCACCGCCUCCAUCAACUCAUAAUCACCAAGCUCAUCAAUACCAUCAUCAAUACCAGCCGCAGUAUCAGCAGCAACAGCAACAGCAGCAGUCGCAAGCACAACAUCCCGGGCAAAACCAGCACUUUUAUGAACACCAGAGAGCAGCGGCGAGUGAAACCGGUUUGGUUCCAGAGUCGCUGCGCGCGGGACGGUCAUCAGGUCAGUUUAACACACAAGGGCAUGUGCGCCACGAGAGCGGACAGGUCUACAGUGGCUUGGGGUGGCAGCAGGCGCCGGGACCCAAGCCGUAUAUCCAUGAUCCGCACAGCCCUUAUACGCAGCAGCAGCAGCAAUCGCAACGACGGCCAAGCGGUCCAGUGGCAGAAUUGGCUGGAAGUGAGACACACAUCAAUGAACUGCAAUGA